AUGGCCGUGCCACGAUCCGAUGAUGCGAUAUCCACCCUCACCGGGCUGCGGUCGUGGUGGUCGUCGUUUGGACGCGCCGCCGCACCGCGCGAGCCGCGUUCUGCUGACGACGUGUCCAUGUUUGGCGCGCCGCUGCACGAGGCGCUCAAGCACUCGAGCGUCGCCAUCUCCCUGGUCAACCAGGACGGGAAGCAGUAUGUUUGGGGUUAUGUGCCGGUCAUUGUCGCCAAGAUUGGCCUCUUCUUGAAGCAGAAUGCAACGGAAGUCGAAGGCGUGUUCCGUAUCAACGGCUCCGAAAAACGUAUGAAGGAGUUGCGACAGCAGUUUGACACACCGCCGCAGUACGGCAAGGACAUUGACUGGACGGGUUACAAUGUGCACGACGCCGCGAGUCUCCUGCGCCGGUUCCUGAACCUCAUGCCGGAACCCAUCAUUCCGUUUGACCGCUUUGCCGAGUUCCGCGAAGUGCUUGCCAAGCCAGACGUCAACGUCGAGGCGGCCAUCGGCGCGUACCGCAGCCUCAUCACGUCGUGCCCGCCCGCGACGCAAUACCUCCUUCUCUACAUCCUUGACCUGCUCGCCGUGUUUGAGCGGAUGUCGGACGUGAAUCGGAUGAGCGCAGGGAACCUCGCCAUCAUUUUCCAACCCGGCAUGCUAAGCCACCCCACGGUACGCUCCAAGGAGGAGCACCAGUUUGCGGUGCGCGUCGUCGAGUUCCUCAUCACGCACCAGGACCACUUUGUCCUGGCGCUCUCUGCGCCACCCCCGGAAGACAUGCGCCCGGAAGAGCUCGCCAAGCCGUCGGAGCGCCCGCUCGCAGAAGAGUACUACCUCGUGCCAUCCGACUCGGACGAGGACCUCGGCGAGAUGGAGGCACACAUGGGCGGUGGCGCGAUGCUCGGCCGCACGCCUACGCAGCGGUCCAAAGCCAAGUGGGGGCGCCGCGAAGAGAAGAAGAACUCGCUCCCACACGACAAGGACGCGACGCCGCCCGUUGCCAAGGAGCGCAAGCCCUCGGCACGCACUAAGCCGAAGCCGAUCGCCGAUGCGCGCCGCGAAGGCCGCAAGCGUGCCAACUCCCAUUCGGAUGCGAACGAGCAAAUGACCGCGCCCGACGCUGGACCGUCGAGCGCUCCGCGUGCCCGCAUCCCGUCGCGCUCGCCGGUAAAGCGCCGCGACCACCUUGCACCCCCCACUGCGCCGACGCGCCCGCCGCUGGGCAAGCGCUCGGCGUCUGCGACGAGCUGCAUCGAGACGGUGCAAAAGAGCCCGUCGUCGCGCACCGCGCCGCUGCCUGUGCGUGCGGCCAAUACACCGCCCGCGCGCAGUUCAGCAAUGUCGCCGACGAGCGCGAUGCUGUCCUCCUCGCCACAGUCCUCGCUGCAGACCCAGGACGUGUCGGUGGGGUCGACGCAGAGCACCCAAGAGCCCGAGAGUUUACUAGAGAGCAACGCACCGCCCGUGCAAGGCGACGCUCCCCCGCCGGCCGCGCCGGGCGCCGACGUGACGCCGCGUGCGGCCCCCGAGGAGGAGCGGCCGCCGACGCCGCCGGAAAAAGAAGCCAAGCCGCUGCUGCGCGAGAAGGACGCGCCGCUGUUGCCCGCACCCGCGCUGCCGCUCGACAGCCUGCCGCGCCCGCGUGCGUUUACUACGGACGCCCCCGCGUCGCCCAGCGUACGCUCUACCGAGCCGCGCUCGGCGACGCUCCCGUCGCCGUACGCGAUCGACCCCCGCCUUGCGCAGCUUGGUCCGGUCGCCUCUGCGUCUGCUAACGGUUCGUCUGCCGAGGCUGUCGGUGACGCCCCGCCGCACCGCGCUGCGGCCCCGAUACCCUACGCGACGACCAUGGUGGCACACACCAAGGCGCCCGUUCCGAUCCUUGCUUCUCGCGAAACGCUCCUGCGGCACGCCAAGGUGAUGCAUACCAUCUCUGGGCGGCGGCAGUAG